AUGCUCCCCUCGCCUGGGUCGUCAGACUCGGACUCUUACCCCUCCUCCUCGACAGCCUACUCCCCGAGCCCGACCCCCACGCCGCAGUGCUCGCCGUUCGCGCUCCCGCCCCCGCUCGACCUGUCGCCGCGCCUCGUGGCGCUCAACCUCGACCCGCCGGCGCCGGCCAUCACCCCGCUCCUUCCGCCCUACGCGUACCCCUCUUACACCCCGUACCACUCCUACCCCCACGCCUACUUCCCCACCGCGCUCGGCCUCCCCCCGCCCUACCAGCCAGACUACCUCGCCCCCUCAGCCCUCGCAGGCAUCAACCCGUACCUCCUUGGCGGCUACACCAUGCUCACGAGCCUGCUCAACCCCAUCACCCCCACCACCUACCCCUACCACGUGACGCCUUUCAACCUCACCCCGGCGCUGCAGCCCGCGCCAGCACCGCAGAUCACGAUCGCCGGUGGCGCCGCCGGCUCUACCCCCGCCACCACUGGGCUCGGGUUCAUCUUCAACGCGAGCACGAGCUCGAGCGCGCCCGAGGUCGCUGGCGCUGGUAGCAUCGGUGCCAACUUUGUCCCCGGCGCCAGUGUCGGCGCCUCUGCCACGACGACGCCGCAGCAGCCGACUGCCACACCCCUCUGGCCCUUCACACCAGCAGCAGCAGCAACGCCCGUAGCCCCCGCCCCACCACAGGUACCCGUUCUCCCCGUGAUCAGCCCGGCGGCCGCGCCCAGUAUCUCCGCGGCCAGCGCGAGUCCGCUCGAGCUCCCUGUUGGCGCUGGCGCUGCAGCUCAAACAUCGGCGCCGAUCACCCCGCGUCGCCGCCCAACGACGCGCGCAGCCUCGACGCCUACCCCUGCGGGCCCCUCGCGUUCGCACCCGUACACGCGGACAUUCUCACUCCCCUCGUUACCGUCGUCGUCGUCGUCGGCCGGGUCGCUACUCCCCGCGCUGCCCAUCACGACGACCGCCAACCCCUUCAUGCUGCUCCAGGACGUUGAGCGCACCACGCGCCGGUGUGACGCAAAGCCCUCGCGUUUCAAGCCUACCAAGGAGCAGUACGACCUGCUCGUGAUGGUGUACGAGCGCGACAACAACCCGGACGGCCCGACGCGUGUCGCCCUGUGCCACCGCCUCGGUGGCAACGUGAGCCCCAAGACGCUACAAGUGUGGUUCCAGAACCGCCGCUCCAAAGCCCGCGCCAAGGACCGCAUGCUCGAGCACCGCCGCGGCGAGGCAGCCCUCAAGCACGCCGAGACUGGUGCGCUCCGCCAGCUCGUGUGCGACAAUGAUGUACACCUCGUGCCCAUCACCCAGGUCUUCGUCGCCGGGUGGCACCGCCUCCUGACCGCGCCCGACCCGAAGCACUCGCACCUGCCGGCAAACUACAGCGCCGACCUCGGGCUCGCGCUCGCGCUCGGUGGCCCAGCCCCGUGUUUACACAUCUACUCCGUGCUCCAGGGCCAGCGAGUGUGCAUCACGCUCCCGCUCAACGCGUCAAUCACCGACCUCAGCGCCGGCGAGUUCAUCGGCCGCGCCAAGGGCGCCGCGGCGUGCGAGACGGACGCAAAGUCCGUCCAGUUUUCCUUCCCCGCUGGCACUGCGGCGUUCAGCAUGUGGAACGGUGCCGAGUGGUGCCGCACCGCCGACUUCACUGAUGACGGCUGCGUCUCCCGCGGCGGCGAGUGCCAGAUUGUGGGCCCGAACAUGCACAUCACCGCUGUUACUGGCCGCAUCCAGUCGCUGCUCGCAACCCAGUCUAGCAGCGGCCUCGCACUUCUCCCUCCCCUUGGCCAAGCUUCGCGCCAGCCCACACGCUCAGCGGCCAUCGACCUCCUUGUGGAGCCAGUGCCAUCGUCUGCCGAGCCAGCCCACUCGACUUACCACGCGACGAACCAUGCCGCCCAUGCCGCCCACUUUGCGAACCAACCUGCGGCAACCACGCACUCGGCGCUGUCGGCGCAGCCGUCGGCCCACCCGAUGGGGCUGCUGCCCUCCGCCUAUCGCCCAGUUCCAUCUCUGGGCAAUCAAGUCUACGGCUUUUCCUCGAUUCCGGCGACGCACCGCCCCUCGCCGCUAUCAGCCGCUGCUUCACUCGCCGCUGCUGGUGCCGCCGACACCGCAUCCGCGCAUGCUACUACCCCGCACCACCCGUGGGGUGGUAACCUUGGGUACGUCUGGCAUGGCCUGGCGCCGACUUGGAGCCACGCUGGGCCAGGGCUCGGAAUGCCGAUCGGUGCAAGCGCCACUCCCGCGGCCGGCGCCACGGUGGCCCGUUCGGCCCUACCAAGCUUUGAUACCGCUGCUGCUGCUGUUGCCUACAGUGGUGGUGAUACUGUUGGUGGUACUGCUGCUGCUGCUGCUGCUGCUGGCAACGUCAACGACGCGGCGCUCAUGACCGUGACCGUCGAUUCGCCUAGCGCUUCGCCGAGUUUGGCCACGCUCAACGGUAGCCCCUCGGUCUCGCCUCUGACCGAGUUGGGUAGUAGCAGCGGGUACAGCAGCACCGGGUGCGAGAGCUCGCAGUGA